AUGGUGAAGGAAAAGAGACCAAAUUUCGUGUUUCUUAUGGAAACUAUUAGCACGAAACAUCGCAUGGAGCUACUUAGAGUGAAGAUGGGGUUUGCUGGAGCUUUGGUUGUGAACCCGGUUGGCAGAAGUGGUGGGCUUGCGUUAAUGUGGAAGGAUGAUUGGUUCUAUGGGAAUCCGGAGACUGCAAAACGAGAGGAGUCAUGGUUACUUCUUAGACAUUUGAAAACCCAUGCACCACUACCUUGGUUGUGUGUGGGUGAUUUUAAUGAAAUUUUGUCGCAAGAUGAGAAGGUUGGGGAAGUUGUUCGCCGUGAAAGACAAAUGGAUGCUGAUGACACCCUACCAACUAAGUAUUUCAUCAAUUGUGGGUCCAAGUCCAACAUUAUUGUCGGCGGUCGGAACUUCGUCGGUGACUUGAAUUCUGGCUCCUUCUCUGUUGGACCAAGCUCUACUGUUAGUGCCAUCAAUUCAUCAACAGAUACCUGCCUUUAUCAAACAGCAAGAGUUUUCACAAACCCAUCUUCGUAUGAGUUUGAUAUCACCGAUCAUGGCAUUUAUUAUGUUCGUCUCCAUUUCUUCCCGUUCACGUCCGGGAGUACUAAUCUGGCCAAUGCCCAAUUCGAUGUUUCAAGUUCUAGUUUUUCGCUGCUGUCAAACUUCGGUGUCAAAAAAAAUAGUAAUUCACCUGUGAUUGAGGAGUUCUUACUCACAAUCAACGGAAGCAAGUUCGACAUCCACUUUUCUCCCCACAGUAACUCUUUUGCUUUUGUGAGUGCCAUAGAAGUCUUUCUAAUCCCAGAUAAAGACUUCGUCAUGGACGAUUUUCCUCUAGUUACUGCUGCUGGGAGUAGUGAAACUUACGUUGGCGUACGAUCUCAGUUCUUACGCACAAUUCACAGGGUCAAUGUUGGAGGUCCACAGAACAAUGACACACUCUGGAGGAAUUGGAUACCAGAUGAUGGUUAUCUACUUUCUCAAGGAUCCGCAAAAACCUGCGUCCCUUAUAAGGGCGAGCUUACGUAUGAUGUUCUUGGAGCAACUUUGUACAGUGCCUCAGAUGUUGUUUACAGGACUUGCAAAGAAUUAAAUUCAAAUUCGUCCAACAUAACUUGGCGUUUUGGUGUAAACAAGAACACCAGACACCUGGUGAGGCUGCACUUCUGCGAUAUUGUUAGCGCAGAGGAUGCUUUUGUGAGGUUCGAUCUCUCUAUUUAUAGCAAAUUCAGUCAGAUGAUCUACCCUGACGAUGCUAACGGAAUCGAGCAGUUGGCAGCUCCAUUUUACUAUGAUUUUGUGGUUGAUUCAGAUGAUUCGGGAGUUAUGAAUAUUAGUGUAGGGCCUAGGCAGGAUUCGAAAAAUAAAAAUGCCUAUCUGAAUGGGCUGGAGAUUUUGGAGUUUGCAAGGAAAUGA